AUGAACAGAGAUAAAGAAAUAUGUAGGAAUGAUACAGUUUUAAUGUGUGACACUUUAUCUUCUUUGGGUUAUACAGUGAAUAAAAAGAAAUCUGUUCUUGUCCCCACACAGAGGUUGAUAUUUUUUGGUUUUGUUUUGGACUCCGUUUUAUUUAUGGUUUUCCUGACAGAUGAGAAAGUUCAAAAAAUAGUUUCUUCGGCUUCUAAUCUUCUACAGAAGGAGGUUGUUGUUGUCCGAGAUCUGGCCUCUUUUAUAGGGUUAGUGAUCAAUGCAUUUUAUGCAGUUCUCGAAGCCCCAUUGCAUUAUAGAAGCUUAGAAAGAAAUAAAUUGUUAGGUCUUGGUUCUAACAUGAAUUUUGAUAAUAAGGUUGUCCUCAGUAAGGAUAGUCGAGAGGAGUUGUUGUGGUGGAAAAAUAAUGUCACCAUCAAAAAUGGAAAACAUAUAAGGCCUGGACCAGUUGAAUACUGGUGUUAUUGUGAUGCUUCGUUUGUUGGGUGGGGCUCGUAUGAUGAAGAACUUAAUAAAUCUGCUAAUGGAAGAUGGAAUUCUUCUUUGUUUGAUAAAUCUAUAAAUUAUCUGGAAUUAUUAGCUAUUUUCAAUGCAGUCAGAGCUUUGUAUAAUGAGGUGCGGGAUACCCAUAUAGAGAUAAAGUCAGACAAUGUUUCGGCUAUAGCUUAUGUAAAUGACCUAGGUGGAAUGACUUCCUUAUCAAUGGAUUUGUUGGCCAAAGACCUUUGGGAAUGGUGCUUGUCUAGAGAUAUUUUUCUUUCUGCAUCCUAUAUUCCUGGUGUAGAUAAUGUGUAUGCUGAUUAUUUUUCAAGGAAUUUCUCGGAGAGUACUGAAUGGUCUUUGAAACCAGACAUUUUUGAAAGAAUUUGUGGAACUUUAUUCAAACCUGAUAUAGACCUUUUUGCCUCUGAAUGGAAUAAGAAGUUAGAUAGAUAUGUCUCAUGGUUUUCAGGAAGCACUGAAAGUGCUUAUGAUUCUUUUACAAUGUCAUGGUCUGGUUUUACUCCAUAUUUAUUUCCUCCAUUUAAUUUGGUUGGGAAAGUAAUGAACAAAGUUUUAUCAGACAAGGCUACCUCGCCACCGAGACUUGUUAUCUCAGGAACACAACGGGAAAACACAUCCUCUACAGAAUUCUUUAACAAUGGUCGCUGUCGUUAUAUCUGGGAAGCAUUACAAAGUCAGGGAGUUUCAAGAUCAACUGCAUGUGUCAUUACUGAAGCAUGGAAGAAAGGAACCAUCAAACAGUAUGAAUUCGCUUGGCGUAGCUG